CCCUGAAGAGACGUCCUCUUCGACCCCAACAGAACAAACUUCUGCCUGCAGGGCAUCGUUCUGCAGGGGAGACACUUCCAGCACGCCCAGAUGCCCUCUGGGGGACGGAGACCAGGCCAGAGCCUUGAUUUAAAGGAAAGAAACGACUUCUCCACCACACCGCAGGGGGUCGAAGUGGACAGCAUCGUGCUCACCUGUCCAGAGAUCUCAGACGAGGAUCAGCUGAAUGUGAAGCGACGUGUUCAGCAGCAGAAGAGGAAACCGCUGGAGGAUUUCUGCUCCUUCCCCUCGCAGGUCAAAGCAGCAGAGUCCAAGCCCCCCCUGCAGCCUCUUUGCCCCACGGUGUACCACACGGUGUGCAUGAAGUGUAAAAAGCCCAGUGAGGACGUCAGCAUGUGUGUGACCUGUGGCAAUGGAGCGGCGCUGCUUUCCUCCGUAACCCCGCGACCCCCCCUCAGGUCCUCCUCUGGACAAAUCAGCUUGCAGCAGAGCUUCUACAGACCCGCCUCCACCCUGAGGAGCUCCAGAGGAUCGCUGCUGCCUCUGAGCAACAGUAACGGUCUCUCAGCGGGGGGCUCGGGGUACCAAGGAGCCAGAAACCCUCCCAAAGGGAAAGAGGCGGCAGCGGCACAUCGGCACGAACUCAACGACCCCAUUGUUCUGUCCAGUGAUGAAGAGGAGGAGGCUGAUAAUGCCAGUACAGGAAGUGUGAGCCGAUUGGACAGCGUUUCUCCUCGCCCCGCUGACUCCGCCCACUCCUCUCCGGCGCCCUCUGGUGGUCGAGUGGAGGCGGCGGUGAAAAGUGCCGGAGAGGAGGAGGAAAUUAACGCCGACUUUUUUGAAGACGUCAACAUGAAGGUCACGAUACCGAGAAGAUCCCGGAUGAAAGACCAGUUUGGGAACCAACCCCCCGAGCAGUUUUCCCCGAGGACGAAGAAACCCAAACUCUCUCCUGAUACAUGUGACAGCAUCAUCCUGGAGUGUCGCAGCGUGCGGAUAGGAACUCUGCGCCGCAUGGUGACCAAGCCCGUCGUCUUUUCCAUCGACCAGAUCCAGCUGGAGACUGAAGGUCCGGAGUGUAACGGGGUGGAGAACGUGUAUUUCCGAGCGUCGGAGCUCAUCAGCUGUGAGUGGUGCAAAAUCCGGAAACUCCCUGUCCUUUUCUUCCAGACGACGGCAGACGAGUGUUUUCGACUUCGAUCACAACUCAACAUGAACGAGGAAAAGACGGGAGAAUGGUACGACUGUACCGGAGACCAGUCGGACGAGAAGUUCAUCGUCCUGAUCUUCGAGAACGGCCUGGUGUCGAAGGAGCAGAACUUCCUGGACGAGAUCCUGCGAGAGAUCGGGAGGAAAAACAAUCUCAGCGACUUCCCGUCAGAUCUGCCCUUCGAGGAGGCCAACAUCCGGCUGGUGAACUACAACAAGGCGUCCAAACAGAAGGAGGACAAGGAGAAGCCGUUGCAAACCUCGCAGGGAUCCCCUGUAACCAAUGUAACGCCGCUGAGCCCGGUCGCCAUGGCAACACGCACACGCAUGUCUACCCGGCAACACAGCAGCUACUUCGAGGACGAAGAGGAGGAAAUGACCGACCUCCAGCACACCUUCUCCGGACCAAUCAUCAAAUUAAUGGUGUACCCCCCUCCUCCAGCAAAAGGAGGGAUUUCCGUCACUAACGAAGACCUGCACUGCCUUAAUGAGGGAGAAUUCCUCAACGACGUUAUCUUAGACUUUUAUUUAAAAUAUUUAGUUUUGGAGAGAUUAAAAAAAGAGGACGCUCAAAGGAUCCACAUCUUCAGCUCCUUCUUUUACAAAAGACUGAACCAGAGGGAGAGGAGGAACGCUCCGGAAACCAGCAACCUGCCAAUCCACAAGAGGAAGCACAACAGGGUGAAGACGUGGACUCGGCACGUUGAUCUCUUCCAGAAGGAUUUUAUCUUCGUUCCCAUCAACGAGUCAGCUCACUGGUACCUGGCGGUGAUUUGCUUCCCGGGUUUGAACAGUCCUCUAUUCGAUCAGAACCCUCAGAACCCUCAGAGCCCCGCCUCCUCCAGCGCCCUCCAAUCAGAGGAGAGCGUCCCGGACUCUGUGUCUCCUGAUAGGCCGGACCCCCCCUCAGAACCCCUGUCUGUCCCCCAGGCCUCCAGAGAGGGAGCGACUGAAGGAGACCCUGCACCCCCCCCCACAGAACCACAAUACACAAGUGAGUUGCACAGAAUCAGCGUCAGCUACGCUUCAGCUAAAGAAGACAGCGACCCCUUCAGCUUCUCUGACGACCAAAGCUCCUGUCAGGAUGAGUGCAGUGAGGAUGGAACUCUCCCUGAAGACCCUCUCAGUUCUGAAUCUGCCUCCAAACUGAACGUCUGCAGACAACCUUGUAUUCUCAUCAUGGAUUCGCUGCGAGGACCGGCCCGCUCCACCGUGGUGAAAACCCUCAGAGAGUACCUGGAGGUGGAGUGGGAGGUGCGUCAGGGCUCCACUCGGUGUUUUGGGAAAGAAGUGAUGAAGGGCUCGAGCCCUCGAGUGCCUCAACAGGACAACUUCAGCGACUGUGGGGUCUACGUCCUGCAGUACGUGGAGAGCUUCUUCGAGAGCCCCAUCCCCAGCUUCCACCUGCCCGUGAACCUCUCCGACUGGUAUCCUCAGCAGCGAAUGAAGACGAAGCGCGAGGAGAUCAGACAGCUGAUCCUGAAGAUCAAAGAGCGACAGGAAGUGGACAGGAAGGAGGUUUCAGCUUCCCCUCGUUGUCCUGAAGUCCCCGAAACCCCACAGACUCCAAAUGUACCCAUCAGCCCCUAAAACACCCCCCUCUCCUGACCUCCCCCCCCCCCAAUUGUACGCUGCUAGUUUCCCCUCCUCCUCCUCCCCGUAGCUCCCGUUUCCCACAGACAUUAAACACACCUUUAACUUUGUACUGAUUAAAAGAUGACGUGUAAAUACGCCGGAGUUUCUCCCGCUGCCUUUGUAAUUCAUGAAGUGGCCCGUUAACUUAUGUUUUCAUAGAUCGCCUCGUUAUUUUGUAUUGCUUUCUAGCCGCGUAGAGGACGAUGAAGAAGAGGAAGAAGAGGAAAUAAAAGUAGAUUUGUUUGUGAGUUUGGAAACUGUUCUCAGAGCCAUCUGCGUUUUCAGUGCUUGUUGUGGUCUCUUUCGAUGUGGACUGGAAACGUGUUCAGCAUUAAAAGCAACUCCAGAUGCAAAGAG